GGUCCAGACAGUCGGUCCUUGUGUACCUCACACACUCAGCCUCUGCGCAUCAUUUAAGGAGAGCCCGGUUGUCUUCACCGCCUGGCUUCUUAGAAACACCACAGCCGCCUUAGCGUUAAUCCAGCACUUUUCCCUCCCAGUUUGUUCUUGUUUAUCUGAAGCCAGUCGUUCAACUUAAAAGCGACUCUCCAGCGUUGGAUGGAAUAUAAGCUUGUGAGUGGCGCAUUUAUGCUCCCCUGACCGAGAAGAAGCGCACAGUGGAAAACGUUUUGAGGACUAAUGGAAACCAGCCGGGAUUCAUUGGCACACAGAACAUCAUGAGAAUACUACAACUACCAACAAGGGAGGACCUGGCAUGGACCGCUGUGUCUAAAUGAAGUGGUUCAGCCAUGCAAUGUUCCUGGAAGGCAGUGAUUCUGCUGGCCUUGGCCUCCAUUGCCAUCCAGUACACGGCCAUCCGAACACUCACCUCCAAGCCUUUUCAGCUGUGCCCGUUGCCCAGCCCCCAAAACUGUGGCCUGGGGGGCCAGGAGACCGAACCUCCCUUUGAGCGGGGGACAGCAGGUGGUGGAGGCUGUGAUGACUACCCUUACUUUUCCAUCAAUGCCACACGAAAAACGCACAUAUUGGUCCUGGCCACCACGCGUAGCGGAUCCUCCUUCGUUGGCCAGCUGCUCAACCAGCACCAAGAGGUUUUCUAUCUGUUUGAACCUCUUUAUCACGUUCAGACCACGCUGAUUCCACGUCUAUCACAUAGCCGCAAUGCUGCCGAUCGCCGUGUGAUGUUGGGGGCCAGUCGAGACCUUCUGCGUAGCCUGUACGGUUGUGACCUGUAUUUCUUAGAGAGCUAUAUCAAGCCAGCACCUACGAACCACACCACAGACAAACUGUUCCGUCGUGGUGCCAGCCGCGCAUUGUGCCAGCAACCUGUAUGUGAUGCCUUUGGGCCUGCUGAUGUUAAUGUGGAGGAAGGGGACUGUGUUAAGAAAUGUGCAACCCUCAAUAUGACCUUAGCCACAGAGGCCUGCCGCGAGAAGCGGCAUGUCGCAAUCAAAAUUGUUCGAGUGCCGGAGAUUGGAGAUCUGCGUGCUUUGGUUGAAGAUCCACGUCUGAAUAUCAAAGUGAUUCAGCUCGUCAGAGACCCACGCGGUAUCCUGUCAUCACGGAUUGAGACAUUUAGGGAUACAUAUCGUCUGUGGCGUAUUUGGCGGGCCACAGGGAGAAGGCCCUAUAAUCUUGACUUGAGUCAGCUCACGGUUGUCUGUCAAGACUUUCUCAGCUCUGUUUCAACUGGUCUCACCCAUCCUUACUGGCUGAAAGGGAAAUACAUGUUGGUUCGAUAUGAGGAUUUAGCGAAAAAUCCUCUUCUUAAGACAAAGGAGAUCUAUGACUUUCUGGGGCUGCCUAUGGAUAAAAAUGUGGAAGACUGGAUACAUGCAAACACUCGGGGCAGCAAUGAGCCUUCAGCAAAACACAAGUUUGGUACGGUGAGGGACUCAGCAGCUAAUGCAGAGAGCUGGCGCUUAAAACUAUCUUUUGAUAUGGUGGAAUACACACAGACUGUGUGUCAAAAAGUACUUCACCAGCUUGGAUACAAGGCUGUGAAAUCAGUGGAGGAACUGAAAAAUAUGUCCCUCUCACUAGUACAGGACAAAACUUUUGUACCAUUUUUGUAACAAAGAUAGUUCUCUAAUGACUAUUUUUGAUAUAUUUAUAAUUGUUGCCUUAUAAGGUCCUUUGUUUGUUUGAUUUCUGUAUUUUUGUUUCCUCAAAUUUGCACUAAACUUUAAAGAUUUUGAAUGCACCAAGGGAAUUAUGGAGUACUCCCCAAUGUUACAAACAGCACAUUUUAAAUACAAAGUAAUCAAACAGGCUAGUUUACAAAUGUCCCAUGAUUUAGUUUUGUCCAUCAGUAGAAUCCAGACGGUACCGUCUUCAUCAGCUGUCUGUAUGCAAGUUGAUGUUGUUUUGAGAAAAGUAAGAUGUUCCUCGGCAAAAAAAGAGAGCAAGAGACAUUUUUUAGCCCUGUGAUGGCAAAAGAUUGACUGUACAAAUCCUACUGUGCAAUAAAUGGUGAAUGUCGCAGUCAACCUUUACCACUAUGGCAUUUCUAUCCAUGAGGGAAGAGAAGAGAUACUUCUGACAGAUGCCACGCUUUCAAAGGAUAAUUGCAGACAAUUAAUAGGCUCUCAAGUUAAAGGGACCAGAAUCCCAUUGGAGGUCACGAGCGUUUCAUCAGAGGAUUUACAACCAUCUGCGAUACACAAACACACACAAAUAAAAGGUAAUGCUGAAAUCUUCAUUACUGUAAGAGAAUAUGUGCUAAUUCUCAAGAACAUUAAAAAAACGCAGACUCUAUGUAGAGACUGGAGCAUUCUUAUGAAGAACCAUUGUUUUCCCCAUUUUUAUUUAUCAAUUUAUUUAUGUUUUAAUAUGUCGAGUCAAUUGAAUCUGAAUUAUUUGCAGUGUGAAAUUUUACACAGCCUGUUCUGUCUUUAAUUAAAUUGUUUAUGGCACUGUU